UUAAGGUCAUUAUUCAUGGGUGGAAAAACCAACUUUCCGAUUUGUUUUGAUUUAACAAGAAUGUGUCUGCUUUCUCCGGCAUGACUUUCUUAAUUAGUAUUACUAUUCUGUGCGUCUUGUUGCAGAACAUAAUCAGAAACACUGUUCAUGCAGACACUUUAUACACAGGAGAAGUUCAGUGGUCCGUGGCAGAAAAUGUCCAUCCAUACAGUGAAUACAAAGAUGUUUCCUUGUUGUCCGUGUACGUUCCACCCAAUACUGAGCGGCUUCUGCUGCUGUUCCGAGGGGCCUCAGACCCAACAAGCUGUGGGCUGAAGAAUAUUACAGUUUAUGUUCAACAUGGCGGUUUUCCUGUUAUAAACCCAUACAAUGAAAGCUUUCCAGAUGACUUCCACCUCAAAAGAUCAUCUCUUAAACAGUUUGAUGUCCCGUCAGAUAAUGUCACAAUACGAGGGGUGAUUGCCGGUCCACAGCCAGGGACGUGGUAUGCUGCAGGGUUCAUGCGCAAAUUUGGGAAUACACACCUAUCACAAAAGGGUUUUUCCAAGCAGUGUGCAUACGCUCUGACUGUGGUGGCGGUGAACCAGGUGGUGGAUGAAGUGUGGGAUCUCGCCAUUGAGGACAGCCAGACCGUCUAUCUCGGGACUAACACUGAACGUCUGUUUAGAUUUCAAGUGCCAGACGAUGUUGUUACCUAUGACUUCACUGUGGACAAGUGUGUGGUACACACUGUAAACAAGACGACGGUUCUCUCCCCGUGUCCUCUGUACCUGACACUGUCCGAGGGAUCUCUGCAGUCUGAGGGCUCGUACCAUCUCAACUGCUCGGAACACAAUAUUACAACCUGUCAUCUCGAGGUCGGGUCUCCGCCGAUUGGAAAGUGGUCCUUUCUCAAACUUGUCAGAGAUCUGCACGUUGAAAAUCUGCAGGAAUUUUCUUUCAGAAUCAAGUUUACUUCUUACGAAUGUGAUAAGCCUGAACUACUGACACACAUUGAGUUCAACAACUCGACACAUCUGAACUUGACGGCGUACACUUCAAAUACGCACAACACGGCAGCGUGUAUCAUUGCUUCUGCUCUUGGCAAGUUCACCUUUGAAAGCAUCUUGUUCACAUCUGCAUUCCUCUUUCACAACUUUGACCUUCGUCCGAGCCCGGAGAACGAGCUGUUUGUGCCGGAUGAAUUCACCAUGACGACCAGCUUCAGAAUCAUGAAUGCGGAAGAUACUGGCGGAACUUUAGAGCUUGGUCUGACAUUUCUUGAUGUUGGCAUGUUUCAGGGAACAGCUGUUUGGAUGUGUCUGAUGAAGGAUCGUAUUCCCUACAAAGCGUUUCUUAAGACCUGCACUAAUGGCGUCCUGCUAAAAGUUAACAGUAGCGACAAUCAGACCGAUGUUGCCUACAUCCCGUAUCCCGAGGCUGGAGUGUGGUACAUAGCGUUCAAGAGUGUGUGCUUCAAUCCUAAACACAUUGAGAAUGUUGAAAACUGUAACAAGACCCCUGCUGUACGUUUUUCUGUGACGUUGGCUCCAUGUUUCCGUAAAUGUGGAUCGUAUGGAAAGUGUUCCCAGUUCAUCAGUGGUAUUUACGUAUUUACCACCUGUGAAUGUUAUGCUGGUUGGCGAGGUUAUGGCUGCACAGAUGGUUCACAAGCCAAUUCAUUGACAAUCGAAUUGCUGUCUACUCUGUUGCUGACGUUCAGUAAUCUGUUUUUCAUCCCAGGAAUUUAUCUGGCUGUUCGGCGGCACUUUUAUGUGGAGGCGGUGGCCUUCCUAUUCAAUAUGUUCUUCUCUACAUUUUAUCAUGCCUGUGACAGCAGUGAAAUAUACCAGUUCUGCAUAAUGAAGUACGACACGCUUGGUUUCUCAGACUUCCUUGGAUCUUUCCUGUCUUUCUGGAUGGUUCUUCUUGCCAUGGCUAAAAUACCUCACAAAGUCCGGCAGGGUUUGCACAUGUUUGGAGUCCUUAUGAUAGCAGUUUUCAUGAAUUACGAUCGUCAUGGUUCCUGGGAAACGAUAGUGCCUCUCUGUGUAGGUGGUAUCAUUACAGCUGGUUCUUGGAUUUUCCGGAUCAUCAGGUUUCGGACAUUGUUUCCAUCAAAAAAGCGAUGGCUAAAAUUUUUGCUCCCAGGAUUCCUCUUGUCCAUAACAGGGGUGGUUGUUUUCUCAGCGGUCGAAACUGAAGAGAACUAUAUGUACACUCACAGCUUUUGGCACAUGACGAUAACACUGUCGAUUGUUUUUCUGCUGCCACCAAGAAAGUCACAAACGAAAGGUCACAGUCACAUGGUAAGGGACAUACUGGUAUCGAAGAGGCGCCACAAGAAAGUUCAUUUUACAAGGGAUUAUUGAUUCAAGAAAGCUACAAUAAAGUUGAAGAUACAGACAGUAUCCAGUUGCCCGAGUAGUGAAAUGCUCGACCCUGCCGACUCUUCGGAACAAAAUCUGAUCACUUAGGAACCAUUCAAGAUAUUGAGCGGACAUUUUGUGAAAGUUAUAUCAUUAAUGAUCAUUUCAUUUCAUUUCAACUUAUUUUCAUGCUUAUAUCCAAUUAAGGUUCAAACACGCUGUUCUUGGGUUGUCUGUCCAGGUCAGUGCGUUACUUGAUAGUUGGUUAGUGGUUAGUGAGAGAGAAGAGGGUGUAGUGGCCUUACAUUCUAUCCACUGAGCCCGUAAAAAGUUGCUCUGGAUUGGAGCCGGUACCUAGCUACGUAACCUGUACCUACCAGCCUGUAGUCGGGUGGCUUAACCACUGCACCACCGAGGCUGGUCUUAAGGAUUUAUUCAAGGGCCAUAACUCUGACAAAAAUUAAAUUUAUUCAUGUUUGACAUUUAUGGCCCUUGAACUUAGAAGAUUUGUGGGACAUGUUUUGCUGGUUUCAAAUAGAAAAUUUGAAUCAAUAUCGUUCAGUAUUAGUAUUCUGUUUGUCCACCAUGUGUAGCACUGUUUGUUUGACACUUGGCUGACAAAAGACACAUUAUCAUUAUUGUGAUGCACAGUCAUUCCUCACUGAUACUGGCUAGUGCCACUCUAUAUCAGUUAGUUCACUCCAGUGCUCCACAACUGGCAUGGUGCAUACAAAAGACCCCUUGCUGCUAAUAAAAAAUAGUAGCCCAUGGUUUGACGGCAGCAGGUUACCUAUCUCGUUAUCUAUGUGGUCAUUAACCAUAAUUAGGUCUGACACCAUAUAACCAUAAAUAGAAAUGUGUUGAGUGUGUCAUUAAAUACCUUUAAUUAUUUUCAUUCCACAUUCUCUCUCCAGUAAGAGCUAGGAGUCAAGUAAGGGUAAUCUAAUAUAUAUAUAUCACUGAAUGAAUGAAUGUUUAACGACACCCCAGCACGAAAAAUACAUCGGCUAUUGGGUGUCAAACUAUAGUAAUGGAAACAAAUAAGGUGAUG